GCGUCUUCCACUCCCCACAUUACACAGCUAGUUUCCAACCAACAAUGAAUAGCAUCAAAGCCGUGAUUGUGUGUUGCCUCCUGGUGGCCGUCUCGGCCGGUGUAGACCGAAGGAGAGGUGGACAAGGAUCCAACAGAUUCCUUCCUGGAGGCUUCGGUGGCGUCCACGGAGGUGGUGUCUUUGGAGGCGGUUUUAAUGGUGGCGGAAUCCAUGGUGGCGGUAUCCAUGGUGGUGGAAUCCAUGGUGGCGGUAUCCACGGUGGUAGUGCUAUUAUCGGCGGUGGAGUCUCCAAUGGCCCAAGUGAAUGCAGAUAUUGGUGCAAGACUCCGGAAGGUCAAGCCUACUGCUGCGAGACGGUGCAUGAACCAGAGACACCUGUUGGCACCAAGCCACUCACUUGCCCACAAGUCCGUCCCACAUGCCCACGUUUCCAUGGGCCCCCCACUACCUGUUCCAACGACUACAAGUGUGCUGGCCUCGAUAAGUGUUGCUUCGACAGGUGUUUGGGAGAACACGUGUGCAAACCUCCUUCAUUUUUCAAUAAUCAACUCCUCUUUUAAAAGCAGCUAUCGUUAAUAAGGAGUAAUCGCUUUUCCUGUUGAUAAGGGAAGAUAGUAAAUCUGUGAUUUGUAGAUAUUUAUUUUUGCAUAAUAAAUCCUUGAAUGUUUAUA